UAUACCACCUUGGACCUCGCCAGUGGAUUCUGGCAGGUUGAAGUUCAUCCAUAUGAUUGCGAAAAGACAGCCUUUAUCACCAAAUUUAGAUGAUGUUAACAUCUAUUCCUCCAGUUUUGAAAAACAUUUGAGCCAUGUGGAUGUCAUUCUUGUUCCUGGUCAUAAAAUCUCUGGUAAAGGUAUAACACCAACUGUGACAAAAGUAGCCCCUAUUAAAGAAAAUUUUGCCUGGAAGAAGGAGCAACAAGAAGCAUUCGACGAAUUAAAGAGUAGGCUCACUUCAGCUCCCAUCCUCACUCACCUUCAGGAUGAUGUUGGAUUUGUUUUGUACACAAAUGCAUCGCACCUUGCUCUUGGUGCUGUUCUAUCUCAGUUUGGUGAUAAUGGACUUGAAGGUGUUGUAGAAUAUGUCAGUUGA